UGACAGUUUAGAAUUGUUAUUUCCUGGUGCCUUACAUUACUAUUCGCGUGUAUGUUGUGCUUUGGUGUUAUCUAACUCAAGAUGACGAAUGUGUUGUGAAAUACGUGCUGAUCAAUUUGAGUUAGAAGUUGUUCUUAAUCCUACUAGUUAGUAAUAUUCUACCAAAUUAAACUCUGCAAAUCUAAGUACAAAGUGCGUUCGAUAACGAUGUCUCGCGUUCAGGAUAUGCUUGCCUUGCUUCGGGCACUGAAAAUGGUGACGGAAGCUGCAUCGAAAACGCAAUCGGAGCACGCCCGGCACCUUUGGGCCAAUUCUAGCGUGCGUGAAUUAUUAGAGCAGCAGCUCCGAGAGGGCGAGGAAACAGUGAAAAAAAUUCUACAAAAUCCUGAGCAAGAGUUGAGCAAGGCUGGUUCUCUACUGAAGGAAACAUUGGAGCGCAGUGCAGUGGUCGCCGAAGGCAUCAAACAGCUCACUGCUAUCUCGGUUCCUCAGUUCAAUUCUUCCCCGGGAAGACCUUUUACUUUUGGUAAUCAGAGUGGAGCUACCGGCACAGGUCCGGUGGGAAAUCAAGGAGCGGGCUUUCCUUCAGAUAUAGGAAAUCUAGACAUCUCUAAGAUCACGCUCAAGGAACUGGAAGCAAUUCUUUCAGAGCACAACAAAACUCGUCAAGUCAAUCUUAGCUUUGAAAAUGACAAACGCAAAGCUCCGGAACCAAAAAGUAAUAUUGACCAGCCAAUUGCACAAACGCAGCAGUCACCAAAGCAAAACAGCAAUUUUCAGCCUCCCCCACCGACAACGGUUGACGAAAAACAAAUCGAGAAAAUGAUGAAAAUCGUAUCAACAUACGACAGUGCUAAACUCACCGAAACUCCAUCGCCCGUAGCCCCUAUCGAUCUACCUCAGCUAAGUGCCGUUGCCAAACAGCGUAAAGUUCCAUCCUCACGGGUGGCCCGUUUGGCAUCCUUCGGUGGGCUUUUCGCUGGCUUAGGCUUAGGUACAGUAAACGAAUUAGCAAAAGGUGCCUUCGGAUUAGGAGGAACUUUAGAUCCAAAAGAGGCUCUGUUAAGCCCUAGCAAUUGCGAACGCAUAGUAGAUACACUCUGUAAAGUGCGUGGUGCCGCUUUGAAACUAGGUCAGAUUCUCAGCAUUCAAGAUUCGAAUGUAGUAUCGCCUCAGUUGGUGAAAGCUUUCGAACGCGUUCGACAGGCCGCAGAUUACAUGCCGGACUGGCAGGUAGAGAGACAGUUAGUAAGCGAGUUGGGAUCAAACUGGGCUAGCAAAUUAGCCACCUUCGAACGGAAACCGUUUGCAGCCGCCUCCAUAGGUCAGGUUCAUCGCGGCGUGUUACAUGACGGAACCGAGGUAGCCAUCAAGAUACAGUAUCCUGGAGUGGCUCGUAGUAUUGAAAGUGACAUCGAUAAUCUAGUCUCUAUGCUUAAAGUGUGGGAUGUUUUCCCGGCUGGUGUGUUUAUAGAUAACGUCGUAACUGUUGCCAAGCGGGAGCUCGCUUGGGAGGUGGAUUAUAUUAGAGAGGCCGAGUAUACAGAACGGUUUGGUGAAAUGAUUCAGCACAUGCCGGAGUUUCGGGUUCCCAAGGUGAUUCGGGAGUUAACAUCGAAGAACGUUCUGACGACAGAGCUGGUGGCCGGAGUGCCAAUGGAUAAGUGUUUCAACUUGAGUCAGGAACAUCGAGAUUAUAUCGCGCGGUCAGUUAUGAGACUAUGCUUACAUGAACUGUUUACUUUCCGGUGCAUGCAGACAGAUCCGAACUGGUCGAAUUUCUUGUACGAUAGCAGCAGCCGCAAGAUUAUGUUGAUCGAUUUUGGUGCUACACGGUUCUACUCUAAGCCGUUUAUGGAUGAUUACAUGCGGAUCAUACAAGCGGCAACUAAAAACGAUCGGAAGCGCAUCUUGGAGUUAUCGCGACGAAUGGGAUUUCUUACUGGCUACGAAUCAACUGCAAUGGAAAAUGCCCACAUAGACGCUGUCUUAAUUCUGGGUGAAGUAUUCAGUGUUGAGGGCGAAUUUGAGUUCGGAAGACAAAGCACUACGAAAAAAAUCGCAGCCCUAGUGCCGGUCAUGGUUGCCCAUCGGUUGUGUCCUCCCCCGGAGGAAAUCUACUCUCUUCACCGAAAGUUGUCGGGUGUUUUUCUGCUAUGCGCUAGACUAAAUGCUAGAAUUGACUGCAAGCCACUGUUCCGCGAAAUAGCAAAUAAUUACACGUUUGGUUGAGUUUGACGAAUAAAAACAAUUUAUUAAAAUAA